AUGUACUCUGCAGGCUUGGAGAUCCUCGGGAUGAUCCUGGCUGUGGCUGGCUGGCUGGGGGUAAUGGUGGCCUGCGGCCUGCCCAUGUGGCGGGUGGCUGCAUACAUCGGUCAGAACAUUGUCAUCUCCCAGGUGAUCUGGGAAGGCUUGUGGAUGAACUGUUCGGUGCAGAGCACGGGCCAGAUGCACUGCAAGGUGCACGACUCCAUGCUGGGGCUGCCAGUGGACCUGCAAGCAGCCCGUGCUUUGGUCAUUGUCUCCAUGGUACUGUGCAUUGUGGGCAUCGGCCUGUCAGUGGCCGGUGCUAAGUGCACCAACUGUAGCCGGGAUGUGAGCAGUAAACCGCGGCUCAUGGUGGCUGCUGGAGUAACCUUUGUGGCGGCUGGACUGCUGCUGCUGGUGGCUGUGUCUUGGACGGCGCACGCCAUCGUCCUAGGCUUCUAUGACCCAAUGCUGGAGGAGACAGGGAAGAGGGAGUUUGGUAAUGCUCUGUACUUUGGCUGGGCUGCCUCCUGUCUGCUCAUCCUAGGGGGAGCCCUCCUCUGCUGCUCAUGCCCACCCAUAGCAGCUACAGUGCAGAGUGGCGGUAGCUCCAUGCCUCCCCGGGUGAACUACUCACCUGUCAAAACCAUGACAGUUAAUGGAUACACUAGAAGAGACUAUGUGUGA